CAGUCUUCUCCGAAGAAAGCCCGGGCCAUGAACGGUGGCCUGUGCCUGUGCCUUUGCGUGCUGAUGGUGGUUCUGGCGACCGGCGCCUGGACGCAGCCUCUAUCUCUGGCUGGACCCCCAGGACCUGGGACCCUGCGCCCAGAGGAUGCGCCCCGAAGGCAGCUGCGGGUUGCGCCUAGGACGGCCACCGAGCCCAGGGCGCGCCUGGGUGCUCUGCUAGCCAGGUACAUCCAGCAGGCCCGGAAAGCUCCUUCAGGCCACAUGGCCAUGGUCAAGAGUCUGCAGGGUCUGGACCCCAGCCACAGGAUAAGCGACCGGGACUACGUGGGCUGGAUGGACUUUGGCCGGCGCAGUGCAGAGGAGGAGUAUGAGUACCCCGCGUACCCCGCGUAGAGGCCGGCAGGAAGCCGCAUCCCACGCGCCGUCUCCGUGUGACACCAAGAAUCUGUGUUCGUUCUUGUGUGAGUGACCUGCCUGUCAGGCUGUCUUGUGCCACCCCGGGCCUGAGAUGUUGCUAUGCUAUUAAAGUGAUUUUACUCGGUG